AUGGACUUUGAGCAUUUCAUUGAUUUAUGUGGACGAUCGCUUUUCGCCGAGGAACACAAAGGUGAUCUUGAUGCUGCCGGGGACUAUCUAGAGUCGAUACAAUAUGAAACACUGGAGGUGAACGAUCACGCAGAAUAUUUGCGAUCCUCUUCUAUAUACGCGAUCCUAGUCGGUAAUUUCACCAAUGCAUACGAGCAUCUCGAAUCACUCCAUGAGCUACUCCCCCAAUUACCGCAGGAAUGGGGUCUGCGAUAUACAAAUUACAAAGUCCUUGCCGACUACACGCGCCGCUUUCCGCCGGCGCUCCGCUUCUAUCAUGAGCGAGGGUGGCCGCUGAAUGCCGUGAUGGUCAGCGAUAUCAUCGGACCGAGUAAUAUAUCCGUGAAUUUCAUGACAAAUAUCCAAAAGUACAUGCCGACUGGUGUCCCUCGCGAUCAAGGUCUCAGUCAAAUAUUGAAUGCGACGCAGUGGGUGUCAGUUCAUAUCCGUGACCUGACAGCUCAAUUCCACCCGCUAUCGCCUAGCCAUCAGCGACAUAAACCGGGAUCCAAUCCUGCCUCUAAUAUUGCUCAGAGAGUGGAUGCUUUGUUGAAGUUUCGUGCUGUGGCGGAGGCGAACGGCGCCGCGAGUAUUGCGGUGUAUUUGACUCGGCUGGUGGUUGAGAUGCACAUUGCGUGUCAGAGUGAGGAGACGGGGAUUAUGCUGGAUGAUUUAUAUCAGCGGUGUGAGAAGAUUGAUGAUUAUGCGGGCAUGGCGAAUGCGAAGUUGAUGGAGGGAGAUAGUAUCCUCUGUGCUCCGUUCACAAGCCCUCUUGUCAUGAACUUGGUUGUCGUCGAUACUUCCACAGCCAUUGGAGACGACGAGCUAUGGGAUACUAUUGAGCAUGACCUUGAGUAUGAUUACUCUGCUGAAGUCAAGCAAUGCUAUGAGUCCGCGCUCAAGCUGUUUGGCCAAGGCAGCUGCCCGAGGGGACAGGCGAUGGUCUUGCUUCGACAGGGAUGUUGUCUGCAUUAUCUUGCGCGGUUCAACCGAUCCAUUAACAAGCAAUAUCUUGAUAUCUUGGAAGAAGCGGAGAUCAAAAUUCAAAAAGCGCUCGAGCUCUUUGGUAGAGACGAAGCUAAUGCACAACUGGUGAAAGUGCAUCAGAUCAUGCUUAGCAUUUCCAAAGGAAGCACCCAACGUAUGAAGUUGGCUGCUCGUGAGAUUGGAACUUGGUGCGCCGGCGCAAAGAACGAGUUUCUCGCCCAUUUUAUUGGAAGAUUCCUUCUUCGAUUCGGCAACCAAGAAUGGUUCAAAUAUUCUAACAUGGACACGGCGAUGCAAGCAUGGGAAUGUGCUUACGAGAUCUCUAAGACAAUAAACGACACUCUUCCCCUAUUCCAAUCCGUGGUAUCUCGCACAUCUAUUCAGCAAAGCUGGUUCAAUACCGCUGCAGCUCGAUUGCUCAUCGAGGAAGCUUUAUCCAUGGUCGAGGACGUUCGCGAAUAUUUCCGCGUGAAGAUCUCUUCUGUCCCAGAGACCCAACAGGGCAAGCUGGAUUGGAGAUUCUUGGUCACGAUCAAAGGAACACUCUUUUGGACAUUCACACAAUAUGUCGGUAGGGUGUAUUUCCGGGACGAAGAUUUGAAUCCUUACCAGGAGUGGCAAGCUAGAUACAAUGAAUGGCUUGAGACCGACGAUGACCUCCGGGCUUGGAGAGAAAGCAUUGAGAGUGCCGAGGAUAGGCACCACGAGGUUAAGGCUGAGCUCGCACUUGUGAAAGGCAAUUUCAAGAAUAUAUGGCAAAAGGCAUUGAUGGACAAUGAAGCAAAUAAGCGAUACCGGUCGGCAGAAAUUGACUUUCGACGAUUGUUGGACGAGGGCGAUAUUCUGGGAGCAGAAGCACUGUUCCGUCGAUACUUGGAUGAGACGGAGCACCUUGGGAAAUAUCACAUGAGAGACCUUUAUCGGAUUUUGGCUUGUCAUAAUAUCGGAGACCGAGUCAAAGCAAAAGAGGUAUUAGACUCUGUCACGGAUGAAGAGUUGUUUGAAGGUCAUCUGGAGGCCUAUCGGCAAGGAAUAGCUAUUCGGUCAUCUCUUCCACUAAGAGCGCAGAAUGCACUAACAUUUUCCAUAUUUGGAUGUGACAUGGACAGAGGCCGGAGAGUUAUUCAAAUGAUCAUUGAGAUGAAUCCAACGUUCUUUGAUUCGGUGCUGGACAAUGCCCAGGAUUAUUCGAUUCGUAUUGGUCACUACGCAGCAUUGAUGAAGGAUUUGCAACCCGAGGUAUCUUUCACCAUGCUUCUUCGUGCUCGAGAAAAUAUCGAAGCCCAGAGAAGACAGACCUCAGAUUUGGAUGCGCGCGUGUGGAGUUCGAUUUCUAGCUAUAGUACCGAGGUUUAUCUUGAUCUUGCACGCAUCUGUCUGACUGCCGAGAGCUCACCCCUUCCAGUGAGCGUGCUGUCAGGGUAUGAGCUCGACCACUUUGAGGGAAUGUCCUGGAAGGAUCAUGCACUGCUGUUUGUUGAGAUGAGCAGAGCACGUGCGGUACUGGAGUCUUUGCAGACACAUUCGACCCAAGCUUCAGACCUAGCUGGUGCCCCCAAAGCCGCAAAUCUUUCUGAGGCUGUUCAUAAACGUCGUCUUUUAAGAUCAUUACGGUCUCUCAAGACGUUAACUCCACAUCAAGAGAAAGAAAUUUCUCAAUUACAGGACGAAAUCAAGGUGUUAGAGGAAGAUGGGACACUCUCCUCUGCGACCACUUUCAUUGAAACCGUAAAUUCCACCAUUGACCCGAAGCUUUUAUACCAGAGCAUUGAUCAUGAUGCUGUGGUCAUUGAGGCGACAUUCGCAAAUCGGGGGCUCGUUGCGUUUGCAGUAACCAGCGACGGUAUCCAGAAUAUCUAUCAAUCAUCGACACGGCACGUGGACAUUCGAAAGCCCGUGAUGAGGGCUAUGCAAAUAAUGAGAGAGAUGAAUGGCUACGUCGGCGAUCAGGAAGAAAACCACAAGAAAACUCUGAAUCAACUUUGUAACGAGGUUUCCGAGGCGCUGCUAGUACCAUUCGCAGACAUCAUCAGGACCAAGUCGCAUGUCAUAUUCUCUGUGUCUGACCCGUUGACGGCGUUCCCCUUCUCUGUCCUUCCAUUUGACAACAAGCCUUUGGUCAUGCAAGCCAUUGUGUCUCAAGUCCCGAGCCUGGCAAUACUUUACUAUCUCUCCCAACGCAAGUCAGCGUCUGCCUCGCCGACAGUAUCAGUCCUGGCAAAGGCGCCCACAGAAGAGCCAUAUAAUACUACCCGAGGUGGCGAAGAAGUCAAUCUACACAUGGCAGGCAUGGAAGCUGUCAACAUCGCCCGCAUGUUUGCAACAUGGCCCAUCGAGGCAUCCCAAUUGUCUCGGAAGGAAUUUCAGCAUUACGUCGAAGGGGGGUCAUUGAUCAUGCAUAUUGGAACGCACGGUGACAUCAAUCCUCGCAACCCCCUCCUCUCAUCCAUUUCCAUUGGUCAGGGCCAGGAAUUCCGCGUGGUCGACAUGUCGGCUAUCCAAAGCAAUGUGAAUCUUCUGGUUUUUGCGGCUUGUCUGAGUGGGUUUGGAAAGGCUACGAUCGGUAGCGAAGUCCUGGGAUUUUCUCAUGUGGUUCUGAGCACUGGAUGCCAGGCCUAUAUUGGAUCUCUUUGGAAAGUCAGUGAUUUCGGCUCGAUGCUAAUUAUGACACUCUUCUACCGACAUUUGAAAGAACAUCCGCAGUGGGCUGUGGCGCAAGCCAUGCGAGCGGCGCAGUUGGAUGUCCUACAGCUAGACACGGAGAAGGCCGAUAUACUCCUUGACCAAAUGUUGGAUAAUUGGACCUCCUCCAAUGUAACAGGUCAACGUCCCACAGACUUUGUUCCCAACGCAGAAUUUCUUUUGCUCACGUUGAAGAUGAUUCUCAGCCAGCUGGACUGGUCAAGUCCGUUCUACUGGGCCCCGUUUACGCUUGUGGGGUAUGGAGGAUUGCGGGAGACUGAACCGAAUUCCGAUCUACCUGCGCGUGGCCAACAUUCAUUUGGCUUUCGGACAGCACCCGUGGAGGCGCCGCCAUUCGCUCGAGCACAGCGGCGACAGUGCGUCCCCAUCUCGGGCCCGUCGUCGUUCCCUGCAAUUCUCCGUCCUCCAGCGGUGCGACUCGCUAACCCCGUCAACCACGUCCCCCGCAUUACUCCUAUUACUAUUCCACCUACGAGAUCAGACGAAAGUCUCCCCCUCAGUCAUCAGCGCGACGCCCAUCCUCUCCUCAGUGUCCCCGAACGUCGUCGCAGUCGCUUAACCCCCUCCCCGACCAGCCUUAUCGUCGAACAUAGUCAGGGGGAAUCAGAAAGCGGGCGCACCAGUAUCGCUCUACCUCUAGGUCACCGGCGCAGCGAACCGUUGUCUCCCACAGCAGAAAUGGCCGCAGCUUUUGCCGGAAGUGCGGCGCGGGAAGUCGAGAAUCUGCGACCACCCGAGGAAGUCCAUUUCGCCCAGGAUGGCACUCGAUUCCGAGAAGACGGCCGACCGCGUCACGCACAAUCCCAAACAUCUCUCCGUUCUCAAUCGCAGAUUGCUUCCGUCCCUUCAAACACAGGCCAGGCCCCCGAUGUCGCCGAAGAGCUGGCAUGGGGCCCCGCGCACCCCUGCUACCCUCACCUCAACCCACACGUCCCUAUCAAUUCACCGGAAUACCUUACUACGCGAGUCAUCCGGGUUCGACGCGAUUGGAUGAUCAAGGCAGAUUUGGCGCCUACAUUUUCCAACCUCUACCCUGAAAUUUUGGACCCGUUACUGUCGGAGCAGGAGUUCCGCAAAGUCAUCGCUACUGUGAAUAAUGGUCUAAUCAAGGCAUUUGACCCGUUCAGUCUGCGCAAUUGGGUUGAUGGCGCGCUUGGCUUGUUGACUGGCUGGGUCUGGGAUGACUUGAACGCACCAGCCGUCAAGGGCUCGUUGCAAUACGUGGAGUCGUGGUUGGAGAAAUGGAACCGUGAAGUCGGUUCCAAGGACGGUGUUCACAUCUGGAGUUUGCGACGCACGGCGUAUAUGUCCCUUGACAUCCAGAUCCCCGAUCCAAAGGUUGGCAUCGUUCCCAGCGAGGCACCUUCUUUGCCAAAUACUAGGCCGAGUACGGGCGUUGGUCCGGCCAACUGA